ACGGACCUAUUCUCUGCCCAAUAAAAAUGCACUGACUGCGACACCUGGCUAUAAAUGUUAGCGAGGAUUUCAAAGUCCCAAUCAACAACCGGCAGAAAAAAACUCCUUCAGACUUCGACCCUAAGCGCUGAGCUGACUCUGUAACCUCACCUACUAUCCUGCCGAAGUAAAGCGAUGACUUCCAGUCAAGUUGAACUCCCCGCAGAAGUGAAGCCUGACGCCGCCACCCUGAUGGCAUCCCUGCAUCUGAUGCCCACUCCCGUGCCCAACCCGGAGAUCAAGUACACCAAGCUCUUCAUCAAUAACGAAUGGGAGGACUCGGAGAGUGGGAAGGUCUUCCCCACCUACAACCCAGCCACCGCCGAGAAGAUAUGUGACGUACAGGAGGCCGACAAGGCUGAUGUGGAGCGUGCGGUGAAGGCGGCUCGUGUGGCGUUUGCCUUGGGGUCGCCAUGGAGACGUAUGGAUGCGUCUGAGAGAGGGAGGCUACUGGGUAAACUGGCCGACCUUGUGGAGAGGGACAGCGCAUACCUGGCCACGCUGGAGAGUCUGAACAGUGGGAAGCCGUUCCUCACGGCGCUCUUCGUGGACAUGCAGGGCACCAUAAAGACUCUGCGCUACUUCGCAGGCUGGGCCGACAAGAUACACGGAAUAACCAUACCAGUUGAUGGAGAGUUCUUCUCUAUGACCCGCAACGAGCCCAUCGGAGUCUGUGGACAAAUCAUACCAUGGAACUUCCCCCUGAUGAUGAUGGCAUGGAAGCUUGGUCCGGCUCUGAGCUGUGGCAACACUAUCGUCUUGAAGCCAGCCGAGCAGACGCCCCUCACUGCCCUGUACAUCGCAGCACUUAUCAAAGAGGCCGGGUUUCCAGCAGGAGUGGUGAAUAUUUUGCCGGGCUACGGGCCAACCGCAGGGGCCGCCAUCGCAUCCCAUCAUGCAAUUGACAAGGUGGCCUUCACGGGAUCCACUGAGGUGGGGAAGCUGAUCCAAGAGGCUGCUGGGAAGAGUAACCUGAAGAGAGUCACGCUGGAGCUCGGAGGCAAGAGCCCAAACAUCAUCUUCGCAGACGCAGACCUGGACUUGGCAGUAGAGCAGGCCCAUCAGGGAGUCUUCUUCAACAGUGGCCAGUGCUGUACCGCCGGAUCUCGCAUCUUCGUGCAGGAUUCUAUCUACGAGGAGUUUGUGCGGCGCAGCGUGGAGCGGGCCACGAAGAGGAUUAUGGGAAGCCCCUUCGACCCCACCACAGAACAGGGACCACAGAUCAGUGAGGAGCAGCAACAGCGUAUAAUGGAGUUGGUCCAGAGUGGUGUUCGUGAGGGGGCCAAGCUGGAGUGCGGAGGGAAGGUGUGUCCAGGGAAGGGAUACUACGUAGAGCCCACCGUCUUCUCAAACGUCACCGACAACAUGCGCAUCGCCAAGGAAGAGAUCUUCGGGCCGGUGCAGCAGAUUCUGCGCUUCAGCACGGUGGAGGAGGUGAUCGCAAGGGCCAACGACACCGAGUACGGACUGGCAGCCGCCGUCUUCACCACCGACAUCAACAAGGCCAUGACCGUCUCCACCGCCCUGCAGGCUGGCACAGUAUGGAUUAACUGCUAUAACGCCCUGAGCUGCCAGAGUCCAUUUGGGGGCUUCAAGAUGUCUGGCAACGGCCGCGAACUGGGUGAGAUCGGUCUGAGGGAGUACUCCGAAGUGAAGACUAUCACGAUGAAGAUGAUGGGGAAGAAUUCUUAGAACCCUCCCCCUCCUCCUCCUCCUCCUCCUCCU